AUGGGUCCAAAAGGUAAAAAGAAAGGUCAAUCAUUUGAUGAUUCAGAUGAAGAAAUUAAUAAUAAAAAAGGUGGAAAUAAAAAAGGACAACAAUUAGAAGAUGAUAUUCCUCAACCAGUUAAAAAGGGUGGAAAUAAAAAAGGUCAAAGAGGUAAACAAGACUCUGAUGAUGAACCAGAAAAUAUUCCUCAACCAGUAGCAAAGAAGAGUAAUAAUAAAAAAGGUCAAAGAGGUAAACAAGAUUCAGAUGAUGAACAAGAUGAAAUUCCUCAACCACAAAAGAAAGGUGGUAAACCAGCUCCACAACCACAAAAGAAAGGUGGUAAACAACAAGAUUCAGAUGAUGAACAAGAUGAAAUUCCUCAACCAGUUAAAAAAGGUGGUAAACCAGCUCCACAAAAGAAAGGUGGUAAACAACAACAACAACAAGAUUCAGAUGAUGAACAAGAAGAAAUUCCUCAACCAGUCAAGAAAGGUGGUAAACCAGCUCCACAAAAGAAAGGUGGUAAACAACAAGAUUCAGAUGAUGAAGAAGAUGAAAUUCCUCAACCAGUUAAGAAAGGUGGUAAACCAGCUCCACAAAAGAAAGGUGGAAAACAACAAGAAUCUGAAGAUGAAGAUGAAGAAGAUGAAGUUCAACAACCAGUAAAGAAAGGUGGUAAAAAUGAUAAAAAGAAAGGUGUUAAACAUGUUGAAGAAGAGGAAGAAGAAGAGGAAGAAGAAGAAAUUGAACAACCAGUUAAAAAAGGUGGUAAAGCUCCAAAACCAAAGAAAGGUGGUAAGGGUAGUAAACAAGAAUCUGAAGAUGAAGAAGAUGAUGUUCAACAACCAGUAAAGAAAGGUGGUAAAAAAGAUAAAAAGAAAGGUAGUAAACAUGUUGAAGAAGAGGAAGAAGAAGAAGAGGAAGAGGAAAUUGAACAACCAGUUAAAAAAGGUUCAAAUAAAAAAGAUCAAAAGAAAGGUGGUAAAGGUAAACAUGUUGAAGAAGAAGAGGAAGAAGAAGAAGAAGAGGAAAUUGAACAACCAGUAAAAAAAGGUUCAAAUAAAAAAGAUCAAAAGAAAGGUGGUAAAGGUAAACAACAACAAGAAUCUGAAGAUGAAGAAGAGGAAAUUCAACAACCAGUAAAGAAAGGUGGUAAAAAAGAUAAAAAGAAAGGUAGUAAACAUGUUGAAGAAGAGGAAGAAGAAGAAGAAGAAGAAGAAGAAAUUGAACAACCAGUUAAAAAAGGUGGUAAAAAAGAUAAAAAAUCAAGUUUGGAAGAUAGUAUGUCAGAACUUUCAAUUAAAUCAAAGAAAGGUGGUAAGGGUAAACAUGUUGAAGAAGAAGAAGAACAAGAACAAGAAGAAGAAGAGGAAAAACCAAAAUCAAAAUCAAAUAAAAAAGAUAAAAAGAAAGGUAAACAUGUAGAAGAAGAGGAAGAAGAAGAAGAAGAAGAAGAAGAAAAACCAAAAUCAAAAUCAAAUAAAAAAGAUAAAAAGAAAGGUAGUAAACAUAUUGAAGAAGAAGAAGAAGAAGAAGAAGAAGAAGAAGAAGAAGAAAAAGAAGAAGAAGAAGAAAAAAAAAUGACAUUAGCAGAAAUUAGAGCAGCAAAAAAAGUUAAAAAAGUUGAUAAAAAAGAGAAAAAGAAAGAAAAAGAGAAAAAGAAAAGAGAUGAACAAGAAGAGGAUGCAUUCGAACUUGCAAAAAAGAAACAACAAGAAGAGAUUGAUUAUGAUAAUAUUGAUAUUGAUGAUGUACCAGGUAAAGAUGCACCAACCUAUGUUCAUUUGAAAUCAUCAGAAGGUUUAAGAAGUAAAAUUGGUAAUGAUAUUAAAUUUGAUAAUUUAAUACUUUCAGUUCCAGGUAGAAUUUUAUUAAAUAAUGCAUCACUUACACUUGCCUAUGGUCAAAAGUAUGGUUUUGUUGGUAGAAAUGGUAUUGGUAAAUCAACAUUGGUUAAAAAGAUUGCAAUGCGUGAUGAAAUUACCAUUGCACCACAUCUUCGUGUAUUGUAUGUAGAACAAGAGGUAACUGGUGAUGAUACAACUCCAUUGGAUUGUGUAUUGGCAGCUGAUGAAGAAAGAAAAUGGUUACUUGAUGAAGAGAAAGUUUUAACAGAAUUGGAAAAAGUUAACCCAAGUUGGCAAUUUGAUCCACGUCAAAAGAGAAAUUACUCACUUCGUGAUAUUUAUGAUCGUCUUAAAGAGAUUGAUGCCGAUAAAGCAUCGAUUAGAGCUGCAAACAUUUUAAUUGGUUUAGGUUUCACAUUUGAAGAGAUAUCUGUAAAGAAAUCUAGAGAUUAUUCAGGUGGUUGGAGAAUGAGAAUUGCAUUGGCAAGAGCACUCUUUUGUAAACCAGAAGUAUUAUUACUUGAUGAACCUUCAAAUCAUUUAGAUUUACAUGCUUGUGUUUGGUUAGAGAAAUAUUUAAAUCAAUGGGAUCGUACAUUAUUGGUUGUAUCUCAUGAAGCUUCAUUCCUUAAUGAGGUUGUUGAUAAUAUCAUUUACAUUCAUGAUCAAAAGUUGGAUCAAUACAGAGGUAACUAUGAUGCAUUUAUGAAACAAAAAUCUGUAAAUCUUAGAUCAAAAGAAAAGGAAAAAGAUAAACAAGAUAGAAAAUUAAAGAAAAUGAAUGAAUUCAUUACAAAGAAUAAGAAUAAUACUCAAGCUAAACAAGCAGCAUCUCGUGCAAAGAAAAUGGAGAAAAUUGAAACCAUUGAACUUGAGCGAGAGGAUGCUUCACUCGUUGUAGAUUUCCCACAACCUGAACAUUUAACACCACCAUUAUUGGUAUUUAAAGAUGUUUGCUUCGGUUAUGAAGGUAGACCAACUAUGUUUAAGAAAUUGGAUAUUGGUAUCGAUAUGGAUUCAAAGAUUGCUUUGGUUGGUAUGAAUGGUGUUGGUAAGUCAACUCUUAUGAAACUAAUGAAUGGUGAUCUUCAUGAAACCACUGGUUACAUUGAAAGAAGUAGAAAAAUGCGUGUAGCUAGAUUCUCUCAACAUUUUGUCGAUCAAUUGGAUACCACUAUGACACCAAUCGAAUAUUUCCAAUCGAAAUUCAAUAAUCCACCAGUUCAACAAAUUCGUAAUCAUUUAGGUAGAUUUGGUAUUUGUAAUUCCUUACCAUUACAUAAAAUUACAACUUUAUCUGGUGGUCAAAAGAGUAGAGUCAUUUUAGCUGAAUUAGCUUGGGCUGAACCUCAUAUUCUCUUAUUGGAUGAACCAACAAAUCAUCUUGAUAUUGAUGCUAUCGAAGCUUUAGCUGAAGGUAUUAAUGCUUUCACUGGUGGUGUAGUUUUAAUUUCUCAUAAUCAACAUUUAAUUAAUUUAAUUGCUGAACAAAUUUGGGUUGUUAAAAAAGAUGGUACAAUUUAUUUAUAUCCAGGUACUUUUAUGGAUUAUAAAAAUGAAAUUUCAAGAGAAAUUGAUAAUAUGGUUAUUAGAAGUUAA